AUAAUUAUGGAUUUUUUUAAGCCCAAUGGACAUAAUACAGCUUUUUUAUUUUAAAACGUAUUUAUUGGUAUCACUCAAAUGGAUGUAAACCGAAUAAUGCUAAAGGCUACUGAAUUAACUUGUUGAACACAGUUAUGAAAGUGAGUUAAAUUGAUGAUUAAAAGGUGCAUCUGAUCUUGUUAAGAAGGCAGAAUUAGAUAAAUCUCUAUUAGAUCAUAAAUAUCUGCUAUUCUAAUGGUUCUCAAACACAGACGAUAUAAAAUGACCUCCGAACAGCCGCUGAAGAAGAAAUUAAGAAGAGGAGAUGAAACAGAACAUCUAGAUGAAACUGAUUUUAUCAAUAAUUUAGCAGAAAAUGGUGUUCCAACAGAUUUGCAAGCAUUACAUCUUUCACUUCCUGCCAAUAUUAACGAAGAUGACAUUACAAGAAAUGUGGUUAACUUACAGUUUUGUGAAGAAAAAUCAACUUUUCGGACUAGUGAAUGUGAAUCUAAAUCAAGUGAAAGGAUUAUAGAUGAUGAAAUGAACUGUAAAGACAAUGCUUCUACGCCAGAGAAUUUUAUAGAAAACUUAGCAUAUAUUAGCAAUACAGAAAACAUUUCAAUUGAACCAGCUCCUAACAUAAUUACACCGAGUCAGUCUCCUGUAAUUAGCUCAAUUCCAUAUGUUAGUUCCAUUAAUCCUAUCCCGAAUGGUUUGACUAGGCCUAAUUCUCAAAAUAAAAGACAGACAAACCACGAUAGACAGUUGUCACUAGAUCAAAUUUCUAUUCAAGAUAUUCAUGAUGAAGGCGAUGGAUUAGAUGAUUUUCAAAUUCAUCUUAUUAAACAGUGUAUUUGUGGAAUUUCAGAAACUACUUUACGGAGACCUUUUGAAGGUCAACAAAUAAAUGACGGAACUGGUACUCGAACAGCUAUGUUGUCAGAAUGGUCAAUCAAAAAAGUGUUACAAUUCUUGUCAAACUUACAAUUAUUGUUUGAUGUUUAUCUGAAACAAAAUAAUAAAGGUUUUAUUUGUUCCAGAAUUGUCACUAUUUGCGAUACGAUCAUCUGCAACGAAAAUAAUUUAAUAGAGCAAAUAAUAUCCCUUUGUGAUACCAGAAAUAAAUUUGUAAAUUUUUUGGCAGCUAGAGUAUUGAGCAGCUUUUUAAUAAUAGCUAAAACUAAUAUAAAUAAUGAGUGGCUGGAAGCUAUUCUUAAUUUUCUCACAACGGAAAAUAUCGAUUAUAUUAAAAUGAAUUUUGCCUUGGAGGUAGUGAAACGUGUUGUAGAAUGGAAGGACAUCGAAAUACAUGUAUUAGAAGACGCGGAUACUUCAGACACUGCCGGACCAAGUUCGCAAGAAGUUGAGAUAAAUAUUAACUGCGUCACAGUUCCAUUUAGCGAUUCGGAGAGUUACGAUACCUCAGCCAUUAAAGGUCUUAUAAUAAAAAGUUUAGAAUCGAAAUGGCCAGAAUUGAUACACAAAGUCCACGAUUUAAUUCAGCACAACACAACUACUGAAAUUCAAACUUACAUAUUAACAUUUUUAGCCUUGUGGGAGAGUAUAAUUUCUGUCAAGGCAAAUUUAAGCGUUAUUGAUACCAAACCAUUUUAUGCGGGUUUGGAGAAAUUCGUCAGCAUGUUAAAUAGUAAUCUCUCCCCUCUUAUCUGGAAACAGUUGUUAUCCUUAUUCAAUGAAGUCCUGUGUUAUGGCAGCACAUUAGCGCUGCAAGAUGUACUGCCUGAAGAUACGUGUCAGUUGGCUCAUUGGGUCGUAAGGUAUGUCAAAGAUUAUAGACUUUUAGAUAGAUUGCCAUAUAGGAGAGAUGAAGGGUUAACAGUAAAUAGUUUUGUUGGAACCAUCGUAAGUUCACAGCCUAUGCAAUCUAAUAUUGACAAAACGUUAUUGCAAAAAAUGGUCCUAUUAGUUCUGAAAUCUGUUGCUAUCACGAUAAAAGAAACCAGAUCUGAUAGUUCUGAUUCUAGUGUGGGUUCUGAUGACAAUGAUUUUUAUCAAGAUAUGCAACUUAUUGAACGAUCCAUUAGAGAUGUGUUAAAGAAAGUUGAUAUUUUUAUAAAAAAUAGUUUAGAUUUCCACCCUGAGACUCCUUUUUCUAAAAUAUUAAUUCAUUUAUUUAACGACCAAGACGACUACAUGAUUGAAUCUAUGGUUUGUACAUUGGAUAUAACUGUUGGUAUAUCGUAUAGAAAUGCGGUUUUUCCCGAUCUAAUUAAUAUGCUGAAUCCGAUCCACUCCUUCAUCGAAUUUUUGAAAAUUGUUAGUCAUGACUCUGGUGUUUUGUUAGAUUUUUUAGUUAGUAAUGAAACAUGUUUUUUGUUGUAUCUGUUGAGAUUUUUAAAAUAUACAAAACGAAAUUGGUUAAAAUUUGUAAGUACUUGUGGAGAAGGCAGUACUUCCAGAAGUAACGAAUUAGAUGACACAAUGUCAGUCCUCAUUCGUUUAAAUAUGCAAAUUAACCGAUUAGUGUCAAGAAAUCUUUUUCCUUAUAAUAUAACCCCUGUUUUGAGACUGCUUGAACUAUGCGAAAAUUUGUAUGAAGGUAAUGAAUAUAGUUGAUAAUUAUGAUUCUGUUCAAAAUUAGUAUUAAGUGUAAUAUUAUUUCUGUUCAAAAUCGAGUACAAAAGUUUGUAUUAUUCCUUUGAUUAGGAUUAGACUCUCGUGUCUUCAAUAGUAUUUAUAUAAUUUAGUUUUCUAGACAUCCAUUCCUAUUUUAUGUAAAGAAAUAUUUAAGUCUGUACACAACUUCUACGGUAGGUGUAUUAAUUUAUUUUCAAUAUUUAUUUUAUAUAUAAUUUGUGUAUUGUUUUUAAAUGUAAAAUAUAGUUACCUUUUUAUUUAUAUUAUUAAUAUAUGUAUGUAAAUAUUGAUGCAAAUGACACUUAAUAAUGCAAUACUAAAUACUCUAUCAAUGUUACAGAGCAAAUGGAAUUUAAAAGGAAGUUAAAUUAACUACUGUCUUUUAUAAGAAAAAAUAAAAAACAAUUUUUUUACGAUUUGAAAUUAAAAUUUUAAUAAAUGCCAUUUAUUUUGUAACUUGUGGCAGAAGUAGGUAUUUAAGCUUAAUAGAGGAAUUUGUCUGAUAUUGAAUGUAAGUAGGAAUAGGUAUAUAUUUUUAAUGUUUUUUUAUAGAAAAUAUUUUAAUACAGUAAA